GCUCCCGUCCGGGCGGGGCUGCGGCGGCAGCGUCCAGCUGCCGGACCGACCUCCAGCCUCGUAGACCGCGGGAGCGGCGUGGGCUCCCCUCCCCCCACCUCCCCUGCCCACCCGCCGAGCUUCCCGAGCCCCUCCCCGCUCCCUGCAACGGUGCUGCACAUGGUGAUGAGCUUCCGGGUGUCUGAGCUUCAGGUGCUGCUCGGCUUUGCUGGCCGCAACAAGAGUGGACGGAAGCACGAGCUUCUGGCCAAGGCCCUGCACCUGCUCAAGUCCAGCUGCGCCCCCAGCGUCCAGAUGAAGAUCAAAGAGCUCUAUCGCCGACGCUUCCCCCGCAAGACCUUGGGGCCCUCUGAUCUCUCCCUGCUCUCUCUGCCCCCCGGCACCCCUCCUGUCGGCUCCCCUGGUCCUCUGGCUCCCAUUCCGCCGGCCCUCUUGGCCCCUGGCCCCCUGCUGGGCCCCAAGCGGGAAGUAGACCUGCAUCCACCUCUGCCCCAGCCUGUGCACCCUGAUGUCACCAUGAAGCCAUUACCCUUCUAUGAAGUCUACGGGGAGCUCAUCCGGCCCACCACCCUUGCGUCCACUUCCAGCCAGCGGUUUGAAGAGGCGCACUUUACCUUUGCCCUCACGCCCCAGCAAGUGCAGCAGAUUCUCACCUCCAGAGAGGUUCUGCCAGGAGCCAAAUGUGACUAUACUAUCCAGGUGCAGCUAAGGUUCUGUCUCUGUGAGACCAGCUGCCCCCAGGAAGAUUACUUCCCCCCCAACCUCUUCGUCAAGGUCAAUGGGAAACUGUGCCCCCUGCCGGGUUACCUUCCCCCUACCAAGAAUGGGGCUGAGCCCAAGAGGCCCAGCCGCCCCAUCAACAUCACGCCCCUGGCUCGACUCUCGGCCACCGUUCCCAACACCAUCGUGGUCAAUUGGUCCUCCGAGUUUGGACGGAACUACUCGUUGUCUGUGUACCUGGUGAGGCAGCUGACUGCAGGGACCCUUCUACAGAAACUCCGAGCAAAGGGCAUCCGGAACCCAGAUCACUCUCGGGCACUGAUCAAGGAGAAAUUGACCGCCGAUCCGGACAGUGAGGUGGCCACUACAAGUCUCCGGGUGUCCCUCAUGUGCCCGCUAGGGAAGAUGCGCCUGACUGUCCCUUGUCGUGCUGUCACCUGCGCCCACCUGCAGAGUUUCGAUGCUGCCCUUUAUCUACAGAUGAAUGAGAAGAAGCCAACAUGGACAUGUCCUGUGUGCGACAAAAAGGCUCCUUAUGAAUCUCUCAUCAUUGAUGGCUUAUUCAUGGAGAUACUUAAUUCCUGUUCGGAUUGUGAUGAGAUACAGUUCAUGGAAGACGGAUCUUGGUGCCCAAUGAAACCCAAGAAGGAGGCAUCUGAGGUUUGCCCCCCGCCAGGGUAUGGGCUGGAUGGCCUCCAGUACAGCCCAGUCCAAGAUGGCAGCCCAGCAGAGAAUAAGAAGAAGGUUGAAGUUAUUGACCUGACGAUAGAGAGCUCAUCAGACGAGGAGGACCUGCCCCCGACCAAAAAGCACUGUCCUGUCACCUCAGCUGCCAUUCCGACUCUACCUGGAAGCAAAGGAGUCCUGACUUCGGGUCACCAGCCAUCUUCGGUGCUACGGAGCCCUGCUGUGGGCACGCUGGGUGGGGACUUCCUGUCCAGUCUCCCGCUGCAUGAGUACCCACCUGCUUUCCCUCUGGGGGCCGAUAUCCAAGGUUUAGACUUAUUUUCUUUCCUUCAGACUGAGAGUCAGCACUAUGGUCCCUCCGUCAUCACCUCGCUAGACGAACAGGAUGCCCUUGGCCACUUCUUCCAGUACCGAGGGACCCCUUCCCACUUCCUGGGCCCACUCGCCCCCACAUUGGGGAGCUCUCACCGCAGCACCACUCCAGCACCCCCUCCUGGCCGCGUCAGUAGCAUUGUGGCCCCUGGGGGGGCCUUGAGGGAGGGGCAUGGAGGGCCCCUGUCCUCAGGUCCCUCUUUGACUGGAUGCCGGUCAGACAUCAUUUCCCUGGACUGAGUCCCUUGGGUUAUGGAAACUUCACUGAGCAAGUAUGCUGUGGGGUCCAGACCCCUGGCCACCCCAGCCCCUCCGGGGGGCCUUGGCCAAAGGCCAGAAAGACCUUCAUGGAUACCUGGUUUGGGCCUUCUCUCUGCCUGACGAGGCCAGCACCCAAAGGGUUAAUAUUUAACCUCUUUUUAAGGACUUCUGGGUUCUAUUUUUGGAAAUGUUCUUUAGAUGGCUGGCACAUUCCUUUGGGUAUGUUAACCUAGGCAGGGGGAGGCACGUGCGAUGGGGGGGUAAGCUGGGGGAAGGGCU